UUCUAGGUCGUUUCCCUUUUUUACUCACUUCGCAAUCCUAAAUAUAACCAAACCACCACUUCCAUUCCAUUCACUUUCCAAAUCCCACAUAACAAUCCCAUUCUCCAGUUCCUCCAAACCUCACACUUCCAAUUCCAAGUCCCAUGGAAUCCUAUUCCUCUUCCUCCACAACCUCCUCCACCACCACAUACUUGUCCCAAACCACGCAACGCACAAAGGAUCCACUCCACUCUGUCCGAAAAUCUUCAUCGAAGCCAUGGAAGAAGCCUGCAGUUGCACCACUUCCACCAACCCUACCAAGUGUCUACAAAGUCGACCCCAUUAACUUCAGGGAGCUUGUCCACAGCCUCACCACCGCGCCAGAGUUUUUAGAGCCUCGGUCUCUCCAAAGCGUUGCGCCUCCACCUAUCGAUACCAACGUGUCCUCUCUACCAAAUAACGUCCCUUCUUCGCAGAUCGAAAACGUGUCCACUGCACCAAACCAUGUUUCUUCUUCUUCUUGUUCUUCAGCUGCACCUGAAAUCAGUUCAUCAUUUUCCGUGAUAUACAAGGAACUAUCGGAUACAUUGGAGCUGAGUCCGAUGCCUCGUCAUGAGAAGGUGCAAGAUAGCACGGUGGACUCGAGUUGUCUGAGACUGAAUUUGCGGUCGCCGUCUUCCAAUCAUUGGGUUUCUUGGGAAUCGUCCAGUCUGGAAGAUAGCACUGUGCUCUAAGACUAGUUUAAAAUCCCAAACUGUAUUAUUAUACGAGCCCAAUUUCUCAAAAUUGUAGCAUUUUUAAUUAAUUUUUGUUUUGGUUUUUAGCAUCCUAGCCUCCUAUUAUAAUAAGAACAUAGCUAUAGGCUGUAUGUGAUAAUGUGAGUGGCUUUGCAUUAUUGCAGACAAGCUUGGCCAAAUUCCUGUUAUUGUUAAUGUAAAAUUAAUUAUGAAAUCAAGGAAAUUAUUAAUUGAGCGUA